CAAAACGGGUGCUCUUUUUCCAUAACGUUAUUAUUCCAAAACUUCCUGUGGUAAGAAUAACCUAGACUUUAGCUGUAUACCGUACAGCACAUGGACAUACUAUUCAGGUUUCUGGGAAUGUUGGGGUUUUAAUUAGAUGUAUCUGUGUGUUCAGAUUAACAUGAAGAUAUUUUUCAAUUGAACACUGGCUUGAAAUUCUAGAUUUGUUGACAUUUUCUCAAUACAAUAAAACUUGAAAACGUUGCUGCCUUCCUGUUUAAUAGGGGGCUAAAGGUGUUGCCGGAUUACAAAUCAAAGUUUUUCUUUAUUCAUCAGGGCCAACUCUAGAACAUGACAGUUGGACAUUUCAGUGUCUACGUCAGUAAGUUUAAUUCUCUGCGAAGACGGAGAAAAGCAGGGCAGCAGCAACUGGUCCACUGAAAACAAAGCUCACCUUCAUUAAGAGAGAAAAAAAGAGAACAUAUGGAACAAACUACAGCAAACCAGCACUGUGUCCUGGACGUCGGCAGCCUCGUUGUGUUCGUGUGAAUUGGCGCGCGCUUUAGCGUAUGUGUCCGCGUGCGCGUUGCUGAGUCAGGCGCGAACACUCGCGGUUCCCUCCGCUGCUCCUCUCUCCGUCCCUCUCUCUGUCUCUCUGAACAUCUGUCUGUGACUUUUUGCUUUAGCCGCCGAGGGGAUUCUUCACAUGUCUGGACACCACGCUGCGGAGCUGCCCCUCUCACUGCCGUAAAUCUGCUCGGCAACUUGUUUGUCUGGCCGCCCAUGGGCGCUGCUGCUCUCACCCACUCCGCUGCUCCACCGGCUGGGGGCUGUCCGGUGCGCCUCUGCGGUCGCUCGCUCGGUGGGUUCGGGACGGUGCCGAGCUCCGCUUUUAUGAAUGACUAAAGAGACGGGGGGGAAAUGCGAGUGAGCGCUAAACCCCCGUGCAGCAGCCCGGGCUCCCGGGGGGCCAGCCACCGAUGAGAGAGGGAUUAUCGGCGGCUCAUUGCGGAAAAGCGAGCCUGACUGCAGACUGGCGUGGAAACGCGCCGUGACCAUAUAGCGUAGAGCAUCGGAACACAGCCGCGGUGACCACAAUGUCCAUCCACAUCGUUGCUUUGGGCAGCGAGUGUCCCGGAGGAGUCGGGCCCGGGGAGGAGCUCAUGGGCCAGGGCCAGCUGCAGGGAGGCUUGCUGUGGAGCUACCUGGGUCACGGAGCGCUGGUGGGACCCUGCGACCUGGAGGGCAGCCUGCACAACCCGGCCUUCAUGGAGUACACCUCACGCGUGUUUGGAGACGUCACGGUGGUGGUUCGUGAUUGCCCCAGUUGGGACUUGUUGGACAGCGACUGGGCCAGCGUGCGGAAAGUUCUCGAGCAGGCUGACAUCCUCGUCAUUAAAUACGCCGUCACGGACAAGCUCGCCUUCCAGCAGGUCAGGAACGGCUACGCCCCGAGGCUACGCCCUCUCCUGAGGCACUGGGGUGUGCCGGUCAUACUCGUUGCUGUUGGAGCACGGCUGAAUGAUGAAGGACCUCCGUGUACGUGUCCGCUGUGUGCGUCUGACUGGAGCAGCUGUGUGCCGCACAGCGAAGGUCUGCAGCUCUCCCGGGACCUGGGCGCCACUUAUCUGGAGCUGCCCUCUCUCAACCACGUCUUCGUCAGCCGCUACUUUGGCAGCGUGCUGGAGUACUUCAUGAUUCAGUGCCUGAAACACAAAGCCAAAGAGAGGCCAGACAAGAGGCGAGGGAACAAAGUGAACGAGCUGCGUCCUCCUCACUUAGAGCAACCAGCUCGUCUUCCUCCGAUCCGAGUGGAGGAGUCCAGCUUCUCCCAGGACAUGCAGUGGCUGUUGGAGCGCGGCGUGCAGUUUGCCGACGUGGCCUUCUACUCCGGGGAUUCUGGGAAAGAACUGGGGUGGGCCCACGCGGCCGUGCUGUGCGCCGUCAGCCCGUACUUCCGACAGCUGCUCCUGGGGCCCAAAGCCAGGGAACGUCCACAGUCUCGCUGUGUCUGCAGGGAGCGAGACGGAGGCCCCCAUUCGCUGCUCUCCACCUGGGACGGGAGCAUUAUUGACGACUUGCCCCGGUCGGACGGACACAUGACGGGGCGACUCACUCGGCUGGUGGUGAAGGACCCCCUGCUGUGCAUGUGCCUGUGGGAGACCCUCAUGUUUAUUUACAGAGGAGCGUGGGAGUGGGAGCAUCUCCAGGAGGCCCUGGAGGAGAAGCUGAAGAAUUCGCUCGCCGUGGCUCAGCUUAUGGAGCGCAUACGAUCUCUUCUCAGCAGAGACAGGAGCUCCAGGGACACGCCGAGUGCACGGGCAGCUCAACUCGGACCCCAGACCCUCGUCAACCUCUUUAAUUCCCCUCUUUAUUCGGACGUCAUCUUCAUGGUUCAAGGAAGCGUGCUGCCCGCCCACCGGGCGGUGCUGGUGGCCCGCUGUGACGUGAUGGCGGCCAUGUUCAGCGGAAAGUACGCCGAGGCCCGGAGCAGAGUGGUUCCCAUCCACGGCGUCUCCUCGGACACCUUUCUGUCUUUUCUGGAGUACCUCUACACUGACUCCUGCUGUCCUGCCAGUGUGCUGCAAGCCAUGGCGGUGCUGGUCUGCGCCGAGAUGUACCAGGUGAAACGGCUCCAGCACCUGUGCGAGGUGUGCGUGUGCGCUUACCUACAGAGCAUGCCCAGCAGGGAGCUGUCGUCGACGGGGAUCAGCGUGGUUCGACUGCUGCGCAGAGCGAAGUGUCACAACGCGGAGCAGCUGUACAUCUGGCUCCUCCACUUCAUCGCCAACAACUACCUGAUCUUCAGUCAUAAACCCGACUUCCUGGAGCUGUCAGAGGAGGAGCGCGAGCAGGUGGAGCGGCUUCGCUGGCCAUCCAGAGGAUACCUGCAGGAGCUCAGCGAGUAUCAGCAGCGGCGGCGCAAGCUUCGCAAGUCCCGCUGCUUGGUCAUGUGACCACACCUGGAGGCCCCCGCCCUGCAGGAAAGGAACAGGGGGUGGGACGGAGGAAAGGAAUCAAGGGAGGGAAUGACCCGAGUGAGGAGAGGAUGGUUGACUGAGACAAAGGUUUGACUUUGUGGAAUAACACAGGAAAGGACGAGUGGAGAGACAACAACAACAAAAAAUAAAUAAAUAAAUAAACGGAUCGGUCGGGACACGAGUCUCCGCUUCUUCCUCCCUCCUUUGCCUACGGACUGUUGCGACACGGGCAAUACGAAACGACUGAUCCUUAAAAACCCAAUAGGACUUUAAAAACGACCGUCUGACCUCUGGUCGGAGGCUCUGUGAUAGAUUAUAUUUUCUACUGGCAGCACUGGCAAUACAGCGAGCUUCAAAGACAAAACGCCGGAAAACAAACCAGCAUCAAUUAUAUGCAGAUUGUUUGAAGCUUGUUCCUAAUGUAACUUCAGGUUGAGAAAAAAAAAAAAAAAAAGAAGAAAAAAAAACACACUGAAAAUGAGGAAGUGGCAGAUCUGUUUGGUGCAACGUCUGUUCUGUCUGGACACGGGGCCAAAGUGGUCGAACCCCUUACAGUUUUUACACAUUGACACAUUAAAACCACAAACCUUCAGUGUGUUUUAAUGGUAUUUUAUGUGAUUGACCAACAAAAAAAAAAAAAAGAAAGAAACUUUUUGUGGUGGAAAGCAGAAACAAUACGGAUUUUUAUUUUUAUUUUUUAUUUUAUUUAAUAAAGUGUGGCAUGUGUUUGUAUUCACGCCCUCGAGGUAAAACCGUGUAGCUUCAAGCUACGGCUUGUUCUUCCAUAUGGUGAAAGAUCAACACACUCAGAGCUCUAGCUAAGCCAAAACUGUACAGAAAAUAAACACAUUUGUAUUUAAGAU